GUUUGACAUUGACGUUUGUGGAUCUGUGUUCUUCUGUCUUUUUGAGUUUUCUCAGCCCCCGUUGCAAUCAUGGCGGUGAACAACAUUUCUAAAAAGCGCAAAUUCGUCGGCGACGGUGUGUUUAAGGCUGAACUGAAUGAGUUCUUAACUAGAGAAUUGGCUGAGGAUGGGUACUCCGGCGUGGAGGUGCGGGUCACCCCGAUACGGUCAGAAAUCAUCAUUAUGGCGACGAGAACACAAAGCGUGCUUGGUGAAAAGGGACGCAGGAUUCGCGAGUUGACCUCGGUUGUACAGAAGAGGUUCAACAUUCCUGAACAGUCUGUGGAACUGUACGCAGAGAAGGUAGCCACUCGUGGUCUAUGCGCUAUUGCUCAGGCUGAAUCUUUGAGAUACAAACUCAUUGGAGGAUUAGCUGUGCGUCGUGCAUGCUAUGGUGUUCUCCGAUUCAUUAUGGAGUCAGGAGCACGAGGCUGUGAGGUGGUUGUAUCUGGCAAGCUGCGUGGUCAGCGUGCUAAGUCCAUGAAGUUUGUUGACGGCCUCAUGAUUCACUCUGGUGACCCAUGCAAUGAUUAUGUUAACACAGCUACCCGACAUGUUUUGUUACGUCAAGGAGUACUUGGUAUCAAGGUUAAGAUCAUGUUGCCAUGGGACCAGCAGGGCAAGAACGGCCCCAAGAAGCCACAGCCAGACCACAUCCUGGUGACGGAGCCCAAAGACGAGCCCAUCCCCACGGAGCCGACGAGCGAUGUGCGCUCCAUCGCACCUACCACACUGCCUCCACCGCCCGUCGCAGCCGUCGCUUAGCUUAUAAGCUAUACUUAAUAAAAAAAUUAAUUAAAUA